AGAAUAUUGCUAAAGUUCAUCGAUUUAAUAUUUUACAAACUGAAUCAAAACCUCAACAAAUUGAAAAUGAUGAAUUAAGCUCUAACUCUGAAUUUUAUAAUUCCAAAGAGGAUGAUGAUUCUCAAGAUGAAGAAAUUGAUCAACUUCUUACUUUAAACUCAACUAAUACUACAGCAAAUGAUUUGAAACUAGAAAUUAAAACAUUCAUUGAUUUUGAUUUGCAAAUUUUUAAUUCAUCUAACAAUAAUAAAGAUGAUUUGAUUGAUAAUAAGAAUUCCAGUAAUGGAGAAGAAAACUUUGAAGAUUAUAAUCUACAAACUAUUAUUGAAAACAAGAAGCUCAAUGAG